AUGUUGGACUACGAUAUAGAAACAGAAGAUGGAUAUAAUGUGUCAGAAAUAACACCACGUCCUGUUUUACGUUCAUCACUUUCUGUUCCUUUUCCACAACCAGAUGAUCAAGAAUAUUCAUCGACUAAACCAAAAAAAUUACAAAGACAAUCUACUCUAGUAUCGACUCUUGAUUUUAAUUUACUUACGAGAGCUAUUUCGAAUGCUCGUCCAUAUGGUUCUAAUGCUGUUAGACAAGCAUUAGGACGACAUUCCAAUGAUACUAUUAAAGCUGAGAAUCUUCAAGAGCCACAAUUAGCCAGUGAAGAAAGACAAGAAAAUGCGAUAUUUAAAAUAUAUUUAAAACGAACAAGAAAAAAGUCAUUGGUAUCUACUGGUUCAUCUUCUACUCUAAACAAAUUAGGCACUGAACAGGAUAAUUCGCUAAAUAAUAAUCGUGGUGAACAUCUUUAUUCAGCUGUUAAAAUUUAUCAACUAAAAGCUGGGACACUUGAAAAAGUUGUAGAAUGUUUAACAAGUAAGCAUGGCGAUCUAGACACAUCACAUAUGCAUAUUUUGUUCGCGACUUAUCGGACAUAUACAAAUACGAGAACAUUAAUUGAAACAAUAUUAGCUCGUUAUCGAGCGGUAGUUCCUGCCUCACUCGACAUGACUGAAGAUGUUCGGCAAAAAAAUCUAAAAAGUCUUUCUACGGCCUUAACAUGUUUAUUAACUGCUUAUAAGGAAGAUUUUUAUGAACCACCACAUUAUUCAACAUUAAAUUAUCUUCUUGAACAUGUGCCUGAUCAAGAUUUCAAAAAACAAUGUCAAAAUUUAUUACACCGAUUUUUAAAAGAAGGAGCAGAUAUUUUUCAUUCAGAUUCAAAUAUUCGGACGUCGAUAAAUGAUGUCGACAAUAAUAAUAAUUCAAGAACUUCUUAUACUGAUGAACUUUUAUAUAAUCAAAAAGGCUUUGGUACAAGUGCACAAAGGAAUUUUCUUGAUAUGUCAAGUGUUAAAAUUGCUGAACAACUUACCAUUGUUGAUGCCGAAUUAUUAAAACAAGUUUUACCCUACGAAUGCUUAACUAUGGGAAAAACUAAUAAUAAUCGACGAGGAUUAAAUAGUAAUUAUCCAUUAUCAACAGCUGAUAAAACUAUCGAACAAUUUAAUGCUGUUACUUAUCGAGUUAUAGCAACUAUAUUAAAAGAAAAUAAUGAACAUCUACGUGCUCGUAUUAUUGAAAAAUGGAUUGAUAUUGCACAUGAAUGUCGACAAUUAAAAAAUUUUUCAUCUCUAACAGCUAUUUUAAAUGGUCUGCAAUCGGGAUGCAUAUAUCGUUUAAAUACAGCAUGGUCUCGUGUUGAUUCCAGUCAAAAUUCAAUAUUUGAUGAAUUAAAAAGUAUUUUCGGUAGUUGUGGUGCUAAUCGACAACAAGCACGAGCUAUUCUCGACAAGGAAGCAACAGCAAAAUAUGUUGAUGUAACAACAAUAAACAAUGCAACACUUGGAAGAAAAUUUCGUUUAAAACAAAAACGUGAUCAAGAAAAUAAAAUGAUUGGUACUGUACCAUACUUAGGUUUAUAUCUUAGUGAUUUAGUGUUUAUCGAUGCUGCGCAUGAGAAUUAUAUAACUAUUAAUGAUAAUACAAAAACUCCACAAAAAUUAAUUAAUUUUGAAAAACACAGAAAAAAAUUCGAAAUAUUAGCACAAAUUAAAUUAUUCCAAUCGGCAGCUAAUGCAUACACGACACUUCAACGAAUACCGUAUUUUCAAACAUGGUUUGAUAAUAUUCAUAUAUAUACUGAUGCGGAAACUUGGGAACGAUCCUAUCAAAUUGAACCGAAGAAACUAGUUGAUUCAACAGAUAAUCCACAACAAAAAUUACGAGAUAAUCUUACACUUAAAUCUGGAACAGGCCCACUUAGAGCAUUUCAAUCUCAAGGAUCACUUGAAUCAAUUACAACAAUUAACUAUCAAAUACCAGAAGUAACAAUUCCAUCAAGUGGUUCAUCACCAUCUUCAACUUCAUUCGAUAAAAUCAGUUUAACAUCAUCUCUACAUUCAUUUGCACAACGUCAACAAUCAACAAAUGCAAGUGAAAAAAAAACACAUUCACGAUCAUCAUCAUCUGAUUUAAGUUUUCUUACAAAUGCUAGUUCAAGUAUAGGUUAUAUGUCUGCACAAGCUUCACCAACAACUAGUGUGGUUAAUUGUACUUUUAAUCAACCCGUAGAAAAUAAUACACUGAUUGCUAAAGUACAAUUCGUUGGCAGACCUGACCUAUUAUAUAAAAAAGUUCGAAUUGGAGAUAAUGAACGAGCGUCAAAUGUACUGAAAACGAUACUUGAUAAAUUUGGUUUUGAUCCAGCAACUAGUGAUCAUUAUUGUAUUGAACAACAACUAUCUGAUCGAAAAAUUGUUUUAAAGGAUGAUGCUACUGUAUUUUAUGCACUUCUUAAAACACCAGAUGAACAAGUCGAAUUAAUUGUACGAGAAAAAACUCGACAAGAAAUGGAACAAACAAAAAUUCGUUUUCAUCCAGCGAUGGGCCAUAAUCGAACACCGAGUGGUCUAAGCAUUACUUCCACUCACAGUCGUUAA